AUUUAGCUUUUAAGUAAGAGCGGGCGUUGAAUAGAAACACAAAUCACCUAAAAUGAGUAUUCGUAAAGUUAGAUUUAUAUAUAUUUUUUUUUAAUAAGUACAUGUUAUUUACAAGAGAUUUUUACGUGUAAAAACUCAAAUUCUAUCUCAAAGCUAUCCAAAAAAACUUACUGGAGUUUUCAGUUAGCCAUGACUCAAAAAGUUAGUUGAAAAUAUAUCUCUGACUAGUACUAAUAAUUACCUAGAUUCAGAUUCAGAUUCAGAUUCCUAAUCCAAUUCCAACUCUAGAAUCAGAUAAGUAUUAUCAUUAAGUUAUAAUAUUAUUUAUUUAUCAUAAUCCGUUUUUUCUUCUAAACUCAAUUUAAUCGCUAGGGCUAGAGUGCGCUGUACAGGCUGAAUUGAGAGGCAAAUUUUGGUUUCAAAAUUAAAGAUGAGGUUAAGCAUGAAACAUAUGGCUCUUUUAAUUAGCUUAUUUGGCGUAAUCUCCUUCAUAUUUGGUGUUGUUGCGGAAAAUUACAAGCCUGCAGCAGGAACACCUAUAGCAGGAACACCUAUAGCAGGAACACCUAUAGCAGGAAAGGGUGUGGUAAUCUGCAAGUAUCCCUCUGAUCCAACCUUACCUCUGGGAUACAUAUCUUUAGCUACUCUGCUAAUAUCUGUUGUUCUUGGCCACAAGUCUGUAUUUUUUCCCUAUGAAAAGAAGGCUGUUCCCAAAAAUGCAAUUUUCGGUAGCACUACCAUGACCGUCUUCUUCACCAUUGCUUGGGUAACAGCAGCUUUAGCAGCUACACUGCUAUUAUGGCCAAUAAUCACUCAGCAUCUUCACUUGAGUAACACAGUACAUCACAUCCCAGACUACGCUUGCCCCAAUGCUAAAACGGGGCUCAUAGGAGGUGGCGCAUUUAUGUCUCUCAACUCAGCCCUCAUCUGGUUGGUAUGCCUUAUGUUGGCUAACAAUGCACGAGAGGAUUACUUCGAGGAAGCGUCCCGAGUUUAGAUCUUUUCAAUACAAAUUUUCAAAUUUGUGUUAGUACUCUUAGCAGGAUCAGGAUCAGGAUCAUUCAAUGAAACAAGAUCUCUCGUUAACAGUUGUUUUAUUUUUAGUUUUAGUGAUUGGGAAUUUGUUGGAUAUACACUACUUUAUAGUUUAUACUGCCAAUUUAGACGUUUUUGGUUUU